CUGAGGGCUUCUGAAGGACAGCCAGCAUUCCUGUCUGAGGACCCGCCUGCCAGCUCCAGCUGGGAGUACCACGGGGGUGACGUCUUCAUCCACAUGGACAGCAGCCUGUAUUCAUUGCCCUGCAGCACAAUUGAGCUGGAGGUGGCCAAUCCCACCUACCAGUGGGUGCGGGACAGUCCAGACCCCAAGCUGCUCUCAGUCACUGAAGAAGGACAUCUCCUGUUCCAGAACUUCCAAGCAGCUGACAGUGGGAACUACUCCUGCACCAUGUCCUACACAGAGCAUGGGCUCCCUGUGUCCCAAACUUUCCACUACAGAGUGUUUGGCUACCAUGUGCUUGGAGGCCUGGAGAUUUUGCUGGUCUUCCAUAGCAAGCUCUGUGAAGACGAGUGGACCAAGAUGUUCCUGUGGGAUUUACAGGAGAGGUUGAAGCAGCUGGAGGUUGAGCAGCGCUGCAAAAUCCAUCUCGAGGCCACCGCCUGCUUCCCCUCCGCCGACAAUCCUUCAGAUGAGUUUGUUGUCCAAGUACAUCUAGAAGUGUCCUUCUUCGGGCCCAAUUGGGAUGAACAGUGCAAACCCCAAGGUGUGGAGGUGGACACAUACUGCUACCGCAAAACAGUCCGGCAGAGCCUCGAAAAGGUCCAGCAAGCCAUUACCAAAUUCUUCAAGGAGCACAUAACCUUCCACGUCACUGGGGAUGAUUUUUCCAGAAUUGUCUUCACCACUGCGUUUGUUGGCUUCUUGGAGAUCAAGAAGUGCAGCAAGGGCUACGGGCAGACCAAGCAGCUGCGAAGAUGUCUCGAGUGUUGUAUUGUAUGCCCACCAGGGACGUUCAGCCCUCCUACAAACAGACAGUGCUCACCAUGCCCCAUGGGAACCUACAGUAUGAUCUAUGGGAGGGCAUUUUGCACCCACUGCAAGGAUGGCAUGAUCACCCAGGGGCUGGGUGCCAGAUCCACGACUGACUGCAUGAAGGAGGAAAGGACCAAGCAGGUUGACUCCAUCAUUCGCAAGAUCCCACUUCUGCUCCUCAUCAUCUUGCCACUAGUACUAGGCACCAACAUGCUCUUCAUCUUUGCCUCUUGCUACUGGUACCGAGAGUACCGGCUGUCAUCGCCAAUGACUUCCAAGAUGGCAGAAAUCACCAAGGCAGUGAAGACAGUGACCAAGUUCUGUGGGAUCUCCAGGCAGAGCCCCCAGGCUGGCUCUUCUGCUGCAGCUCUCAGCAUCACCAGUGAAACUGACACAUCUGAGGAGGGUGAAGAGGAGUCCUUGCAUGGGCAACUCACCCCUCCCAAGACCCCAAGCCUUGCUGCUGUGAGUGAUGACACACCUGCUGUGCUGGAACUGGAGGACAAAACUUCAGUUUUUGAGAUUCCCUCCACAAAUGCAGGCCAAUAGUAUUGAGGGAGAAUAUCCUUACAGCUUUCUGUGUGUGCCUCCAUCCCAUCCACACAGGCUAAGAUAUCCAGCAAUGAAAAAGAGGGACGCAUUUCUCCCUGUCGAAUUUGUCUUUGCAAAUUGUUCUGAUUACAACUAUCCCCUUUGCUAUAAAUAUUGGCUUUUAUUCUUUAUUCUUUUAUUUUAUCUCUCUUUGACACUGGAUGUGCCUAACACAGAGAGACAUGGAGGUUACAAGGGGGGAACAUAGCAUACAGAUUGAGGAACAUUUUGUCUUUACUCCUAUGAAGCAUCCUUCCUCAGGCAGGGAGCCAGUCUUGUACCUUGCACUCAGCUUCCUUUCUUUACCCCUUGUAAAAUCCAAAUUAUUUGCUGGGAUCAAGGUUACAUGGCUUAGGACAGGACAAAGCUCAGCCUCGGAUCUCUUCAUUUUCAAAGCCAACCUCAGCAUGCAGAUCCUUUGAAAGGAUUCCCAACUUUGUGGCCUCAGAGAAGAGAUCAUUAUUAGUUAAAACUUUCCUGAGCCUGGCAGCUGUUGGUACUCCAGGAGAGGGCAGCAAUGCAGUGUGAGAGGCACUGCUCCAGCAAUGGGUGGUUUUUAAUAAAAAUGAGCUCUGGAUUCAAAAAUCACACAAGACAAGGGGUUGGCUCUGCUGCUUGGAGUAGAAGCAGCAGACUCAGAGCAGGAGCAUUGGUUCCACUCCAGAUCUUGUGUUUUGUACAGUAGUUUCAGGGCACUAAGCCAUCCCAAGAAACUUCUUCAGCAGAAAAUGUGCUGGGAAACUCUUGGCUGAGGUCCACAGCCAGCAGACCUGUUGGCCCAGCAGUACUUGGGAUGGGAUAUCAGAUACUGCCUUAGAGAUGAGAAUGGGGAGAAGAGCCCAGUGGGGAAGUGGCAGAGUAGGGCUCAGGUGUGUGUGAUGUCUGUGGGGCUGAGGCUGCCAGUGUUCAGCUGCAAGGUGCAGGCAGGAGGGCUGCUGGUCAGCUAUAAAGCUCAGUAAUAUUCUCCUUCGGUCCUUUUCCAGCUCUUAGGAUGCUCUAUGAGACUGAAUGCAGCUUGGGUGUCAGCAUGCUGAAGAUAGGGAAAAAACAAUGAUGGGAACACUGGGUUGUGAGGCAGGGAGAGCAGCAACAUGGAGUAAAGCUGGAGGAGGUGAUGGGAACAGGCUGCUCUGCCAGGCUGGAGGUGCUGGGAAAGGCUGUGUGUGGCUGUCUGAGUCAAAGGAUCUGGAGACCACUGAAGUUCUUAAAAGUAUGGACAUGUCCAGCUACCACAGUCA